GAGUCACGUGAUUUCAUCCAAAGAUGGCGGACGUAGAUCCAAAUGAUGAGAGUGAUGCAGCUGCCAGAGCCCGCCGCAAGCAUGGCAUGCUCAAGAUGUACUAUGGGAUACAAGAAGGCAAGGAUGGGUCCACAUCUGUUGAUCCGUAUGACAUCAAUGGGGCACAUUUCAAGGCGGAGCAGUUCCUCACCAAGCUUCUGCAAGAGAAAAGCCUGACAGAACUCAUGGACAAAGAGUCUGAGAUGGUCAAACAUAUCCGCUCUCUUGAUAGUGAUAUGCAGACACUUGUCUAUGAGAACUACAACAAAUUUAUCAGUGCCACUGAUACUAUCAGGAAGAUGAAAAAUGAUUUCAAGAAGAUGGAAGAUGAAAUGGAUUGCCUAGCAACCAACAUGGAAGCCAUCACAGAGUUCAGCGGCCGAAUAAGCAACACCCUGCAGGACAGAAGGCAGCAGAUAACAAAACUCGCCGGGGUCCAUGCUCUGCUGAAAAAGCUCCAGUUCCUCUUUGAGUUGCCGGCGAGGUUGAAGAAAUGUAUUGAGAUGCAAUCCUACAGCCAAGCUGUCAGAUAUUACACCAAAGCUCAGAAGGUUUUGCAUCAGUAUCAACACAUGCCCUCGUUCUGCAGCAUACAGCAGGAUUGCAAUUCCAUAGUUGAAGAUCUGCGCGGAAAAUUGAAGGAGCAGUUCAGAGAUAAAGAGUCUAGUCCAAAACAACUCGCAGAAUGUGUUGACUUGUUACUGCAACUCAAUGAACCCGCAGAAGAGCUCUGCGCCGAGUUCUUAGCACAUGCUCGCCAGCGGAUAGAUGAAGACCUUGAUGCGUUGGAGAGGCAAUUGAAACUUCAGUCGGGUGAAGAAUUGGAGCCAAAGCCAGAUGAACCCAAGAGACCUGCGGAUGCCUAUCUCAAUGUGCCAGUGGCUACUAGUUCAAGCUACUGCCAAAUGGACAUCUUGGAGUUUGUUGAUGUUGGUUGUAAUGGGUUCUUGAGCAAUGUGUGCUUAGUGAUAGCAGCCUACAAUGAUCUUUUCCUCAACAAAAACCUGGAAGAGGCUAAUCUAGAUGCAAUGGCUGAAAGGAAACUAGUUAUGUUUAUCAAUUCGCUGAUGAAACAGUAUUUUGGUUUUGUGGAAAAAAGGGUGCUAUUGGAGAAAGAAACUGGUGACAAUACUAUACUCGUUCGUGCUCUCGACCGAUUUCAUCGCCGACUCCAGGCCAUGAGCAAGCUGCUUCCUGAUACAGACUUUUCACGUGCUGGAAUGGACAUCGUAGCUCGGGCUGCCAAGGACAGGUGUGGUCAUUAUCUCCAAUCUCUCAAACAACACUUCGCAGACUGUCUCACUGACAUCCGGCAGAGCUUGGCAGCUCCUCGACUUGUGAAGCAGGAUGGUGGGAGUAACCUAACAGACCUCCUCAGCUCAACAACGGGAGCAAUCUUGGACCAGAUCAAAUCAGUCUUGGCCAAUCUACAAGCUUUCAUAGCCUCUGAUAUCACCUUUGCCAUGAAGUCGUAUUUCCGGGGAAAUUUUUGUAACCUGGAUGUGCGAGAAGGGCUGGUUGUGGCCUACCUCAGGCAUAUCAACACUGUGUGUAACGAAUUCUGUGAGACGACCGGGGAAAAGACUUCAGCAACUCCGGCCCUCCUUCUCAUUCUCUCAAGAAUUACUCUUGACUUCGACAACGCGACAAUCUCAUAUUUGUUGACAUUAACAGAUGAGCAGUUCAUGCUGGAGGGCUCCAACGAGACGACAUCCGUCUCCCAGCUCUGUCAGGAGUCCAAGGAGACGGCUCAGAAGCUACUCAACCAUUACGUCAGGGUGCAGGGUCUCAUUAUAUCGCAGAUGCUGAGAAAAAGUGUUGAGACGAGAGAUUGGCAGAAUACCAUCGAACCGAGGAAUGUCCGUGCGGUCAUGAAGAGAGUGGUCGAAGACAUCACAGCUAUUGACAGUCAGGUUGGCCAGCUGUACGAGGAGGGGGUUAGGAAGGAGAGGAGCAGCGAUUCAAGCCGCCGGGCGUACAGUUACAGUUCGACUAGGAAUAAUAUGCAGAGGAGCAAUUGGAGCUACACACCUAGUACAAUAGAUAACAAUCUUAUGUCAAACAUACAAAAGCUGUUCUCAGAGAGGAUUGAAAUCUUCAGCGCCGUGGAAUUCUCAAAGGUUUCCGUUCUCACUGGCAUCAUCAAGAUUAGUUUAAAGACAUUCCUAGAGUGCGUACGAUUACGGACAUUUGGGCGAUAUGGUUUACAACAGAUUCAAGUUGACACGCAUUACUUACAACUUUAUUUAUGGAGAUUUGUCUCAGAUGAAAACUUGGUGCAUUUCCUACUGGAUGAAAUAGUUGGUAGUACUGUUCAUCGGUGUAUGGACCCAACCACAAUGGAACAGAGUGUAAUCGAUCUCAUCUGUGAAAGGGGAUGAAGCGACUUUGAGAUGAACUGAAUGAUUCAGAGUCAUGUGCCCAGACUUGAACUGGUACUACAGUAUCACCUCAUUGGAGACUCGGGCCUAUGGCUGUAUGUAGCCAAGAGAAGUUUAUUCUGUAAACUGUGUCAUACAAUGUAUUUGCAAAGCUAAAGUUUGCGAAUUAACUCAGUUGACAAAAUUUUUGCAAUGGUGCCCUGAGCUUGGCCAAGAUAUAUUACCAGGGUUUAGUGCAGGUGGUGCAUGCAUAUGUCUCUGUCUGCAUAUCAGGUACUACGUCUCUCAUUUAUUGGUAAUUAACUAUGAUGGUAUUUUUCAUGAUGUAAGGUAAUUACAGCAGCUGCUGGGCCAAUUAGUCAUUGCGGAUGAGGUGGCAAUAUUUUUAAUGGAAAUUUCAUAUCUGGGAGUGCCUAAUGUUAAGUACUUCUCUGAAUUAGAACUGCUCUAAAAAAAGACAGCUCACAUGUUCGUGCUAGUAAAUUCACUGACUAUCAAAAUGAAUAGAACUUUUAUUUCUGCUGUUCUGUGUUACCCUGAAUCAGACAAAUGGCAAUCUUUUGAAGAAUCGUUACAUUACUUAAAAUUGCCAGCUAUUUCAGAUUAGGCCUGGUCUCCCAUUUUCAUUGAAGUGAUAGAAGGCAUAUCACUGUUCUCUCUCGAUGUAAGGAACCUUUCUCACAAAUCUCGGCCCUACGUAGGCCUAAUCAUUAUCACAAUCAUGUAGGCUGGCUAUCUUCUUGUGAUUUUCCUGUUAGUUUUUUAACCAGUGUAAGAGGACAAGUUAUCAGAUACACAUACUUUGUUGACAAGUGCCCUGCUUGCAAGACUACAAGUUAUUCCCUGAUGACAGUAUUGUGGAUUCAACUGUCCUUAAUCUAAUGUAUCAUUGUACAUUCCCAUGGCAUUCCUAAAUGGCUCUAUUCGAUGUGCUUAAUAUUGUAAAUACUAUAAUUAAUAUAUUACACAUUACAAUAAAUGUUGUAAA